CCACGCAAGUGGGAAGUGAUUUUUGGUGCUUCUCUGGGCUCAGCAGCAGUUGAAGGCGCUGGCGUUUCAGCAGAGCCGUGUGUGGCUGUGCUGAACGCCUGUGGCCCCAUUCCAGCUUUUUCCUGCUCUGCCUUGCACCCUGCCCCAGCGGGCUGCCCUGUUUACUCUCUGCUCUGUGCUAAAUGGAUGUCACUUCCUUCAUUAAAAUGCUGGUGCGCGGCCAGGUUCCCUUCCUUCGGGCUCGCACGCUCGCAGCAGCGGCGCUGCCGCAUCCAGCUGUGUGCCACGCUCCGGGAUCUGCUCCUGCCUGCGUUGUUGGGAUCUGCCGAGGCUGCCGAGCCCACACACAGAGGAGGCUUUUGGAGGCAUCUCCAGCGUGGAGAAGCACAGGUGCAGCUGUGUUGAAGAGGGGCUGAAGAUGGAUUAUUGCUGGUGGGUGCAGUCCCUUCCAGCCAGGGACUGUGCGCGUCCCGUGGGGAAGGUGUAGGCAGCGUUUGGAAUGGGGUGCCAGUGCCAGCCUGCUCUGGCCAGCCUCUGGACAUGAGGAUGUGGGUGCUGUUCAAGGGCAUCCCCUGAUGUGCCCGGCAGUACAGGCACUCCUGGAUGCACAGGAUCACAACCAAAGGGACACAGAAGUCCUGGACACCCUGUUCUGUGUGGACUGACCUGAGCUCUCUGCCUUUGUAGCUGACCAGGGCCUCACCUGAAGAGUUUUAAACUGACAUCAAAGUUGCUGAUCAGACUGGCACUAUGUGGGCGAGCUGCUGUAACUGGUUCUGUGUGGAUGGCUCCCCUGAGGAGAUGCAGCCGCCGCCGGCAGCCCGAGCCCAGGCGUAUUCCAACCCCGGCUACAGCUCCUUCCCUUCUCCCACUGCUUCUGAGCACAGCUGCAAAGCCUGUGGCCUGCACUUCGACAGCUCCUCCAGCAAGCACAUCUGCUUGGACUGUAAGAAGAACUUCUGCACGUCGUGCUCAAGCCAGCCCGAGGGUGGGCCCCUGCUCUGCCACCUCUGCCAGCGCUUCCGAGCCACGGCCUUUCAGCGGGAGGAGCUGAUCAAGAUGAAGGUGAAGGAUCUGCGAGAUUACUUGGCCCUCCAUGAGAUUUCCACAGAGUUCUGUCGUGAAAAGGAGGACCUGGUAUUCCUGAUCCUUGGCCAGCAGCCUGCAAUUACCCAGGAAGAUCAGAUAAGAACAAACACAUUUAAUACCAGUGCUCAUGAACAGCAGGACUUUGUGAGUCACCCCCCAACCAACCUGGCCUCUCCUACCUCACAUGAUGAGUCCUCAGUGUCUGCAGAUCCCAUCUCAAGUUCAGAAGCUCAGGAGCACCAACAGGCCAAUGGUCAUGUGCCUCCGAGCCCAGCCUGUGGAACAGCAGCUGAGAAUGCAGCAGAAGAAGCAGCAGCAGAGGAUGAGAUACAGUCCAGUGACUCCGAGGAUAACCUGGUGCUGGGCAGGAAGGCCUCCCUGUCUGACCUGACGAGCGUCGGGGACAUCAGCGCGCUCUCCGUGCGGCAGCUGAAGGAAAUCCUCGCCCGCAACUUCGUCAACUACAAAGGCUGCUGUGAGAAGUGGGAGCUGCUGGAGAGGGUCACUCGCCUCUACAGAGAGAAGGACCUUCAACACCUAGCUUUUCAGAUUCUCACCAAAUCUCUCUCUUCUUCUAUUGCAGUUUUGGACACUGACGAUCAAACUGGUGGUGCUGGGCCCCCCAGCACCGAGGACAACCUGUGCAGGAUCUGCAUGGAUGCUGCCAUCGACUGCGUGCUGCUGGAGUGCGGGCACAUGGUGACGUGCACCAAGUGCGGGAAGCGCAUGAGCGAGUGCCCCAUCUGCCGCCAGUACGUGAUCAGGGCCGUGCACGUCUUCAGGACAUAGAGGUGGCUCUGGGCUCAGGGCUGCUGUGCCUUAAAGCCUCCGUGCUCUUAGGGAAAGGGCCAACAUCCCUGCCAACAGCUACCUUGAUCAGCACGGACCCUGCUGCAAGAGAGGGAAAGAGGAAGCCUGGGGAAAGUGCUCUGCUCAAGCCAUGCCCGACUGCUCAUCCCACCAUUGUGCUUUACACCACAGUGCCUGGACUCCUUGGAGCUCAUUGCCAGCAGUCAUUAACCACCUCCAUCCUAGGAUCAUUUGAGGGCAGAUGGAUGCCCAGCUUUCCACCAGGAAGAUCAGCUCCAGAGGCUUUGUAUUUCCCUCUGAAUAAUAAAAGUGAACUGGGGUCUCAAAAAGUGUCCUUUGUUUUGCUGCUCAGGCUCUGCCCAGCAACAACUUGAUUUUCGAAGAUUAAAAUCUCACUGUGCUUGUUAAUUUUACUUUUAUUUUUAAUUUAAUGUAAAAUUGUUAUGCUUGCAGGACAGGCAGACCCUCCCUGCUUUCCCUAAUUCCAGCCUAGUGCAAUUGUGGAAAAACGUGUAAUUUUGUAUCAAGGUUGUCUCUGUAUUAUUGAAAACUGUUGGGGAGGGAGGCUGGGAAGGCUCAGCCUUGCCCUGUCUGCUGGGUUUUUGUUUCUGUGCCAGAGGGAGGUUUCUGGUUUGAUUUUGUGGACUUUGACUUCACAGCACGUGCCAGGGGUGGGGCUCAAGCUGAACUGCCCCCACUUGCUGAGGGAGCUACAAAUCCAGGGCUUGAGUCUUGCCCAGGCUUUAGUGAGGAACCACAGAGCUGCAGAGUAGUGAGGACUGCAUUGCUACACAAUCAUAUUUAAGUACAGGUGACUUUUUCUUUUUUUAGAAGGGAAUAAUGGAAGAAAGCCUUUGUCUCCAUUGGAUCCAUGAGCAAUCUCCACUGCAGAUCAGCUUCCCCCAUCCUCCCCAGGGCUCAGUUUUACAGUUCUGUUACCUUGCACUGCUUACCAAAAGCAGUUUUGUCCUUUCUGCUGGUGAGGGUGGGGAGAGAGGCUGUGGCCUGAUCCCUGACAGCUCUGCUGGGCAGUGUGCUCAGCUGGAAGAGAAGUGCUAGAGCAGUCUGGCAGUUCUUGCUGGAGGUGCUUGUAACUGGUGUAUUUUCCCCUCGCUGUCCAUCAGCAUGGCACUGUGCCCUCACUGUACAGGCUGUCCUGGCUGCUCUGGGACAGGGGCUGGCUCUGUGUGCCAGCCUGGCUGCCAGCAGAGAAGGGGCUCUGCAGUGGCUGCCCUCAGCUCCUGGGGCACUGAAGUGCAGCUGCUCCUGUGCAGUGGCAGUGAUGGCAGCAGUGUGUUCACCUGGUGUGCUCUGCACAGGGACAGUUCCAGCAGCAGCUCAGCUGCAGCGAGUGCAGGGUCUUUGCUCUGGGAGCUGCAGCCAAAAGAGCACCUGGGAUGAGAAAGCCAUGGCUCAGGAGGCAGCAGGAGAGAGCCAGGGAUUUCUCACUGAGGUGAUCUCAGAAUUCCACAGAACUGCAGCAGCUGCUGCACUGACUGAACUCAGCAUUCUGAGUCCUACCUCUGUCCCAGGUCAGGCUGUUCUUUAAUCUUAAGGUUUAACAGAUCCAGCAGGAGAACAAAGUGAACAAGUCAGGGCAUCCUGACAGAGAAAAGGGCAGGUGAGAAGUGAUUCUGUUUGCUCUGGAGAGAGCACUGGGACCUCAGAGAGCUGCAGGAAUACACAGUGUGCUGAACAGCCUCAUUUAGGAAAUCCACUGUGAAAAUUCAUGUUGUCAUAUUUUUCAGUAAACUCAGGGCUGGGGGAAUUUAGCAGGAAGAAGAUGAUUCCCCUAUGGAUAGAUGUACUUUCCUUGUAGAGGGUAGGCUUAUUUUCUACAGCAGUUAAAUCAAGCUGCAGAUCAAUGCCUGAAAUUUUAGGGAUGAGAAGAUCCACCCACCCUGAACUCCAAAAUGUGCUUUGUGAAGGGAGGACUCUUCUUGUUUCCCUUGUAAAAAUGGAUUCUCUACUUAGAGAUAGGAGUGAGUUACUUUUAAAGGAAAAUCAAAACCUGGAGGAAACUGAUUAAUGAUCCAAAGGAAUAUAAUGUUCUGAACUAAUAAAGUAAAUGGAAAUAUUUAUGUGCUUUAUGUACACUGUACAUUGUUUAAAGAUGUUAAAACUUAAUAUUCUACUUGAAAGGGCAUGUUAUUCACUAUUAAAUCCUCUGGUACUAUGACAGUUCAACUUACUAGUUUUGGUACAGAAGUUUGGUUUAUAAUUUUAUAAUAAAGUUGAAUUGUGAUUUAGUUAA